AUGAAUGUCACUCGUCUGCUCCUGGCCACCCUGCUCGUCUUCCUGUGCUUUCUCACUGUCUGCAGCCACCUGGCACUUGAGGAGAAACCCAGAGAUGACCAAAGUCUGAGGUGCAACUCCUCCAUGAACUUACUGGAUUUCCCUUCUGUCUCUAUCGUGGCGCUGAACAAGAAAUCUAAAAUCAUCAGCAGAAAGGAAGCGGAAAAGAAGAAAUCUUCCAAGAAAAAAGCUGCGAUGAAGAAGGCGGUGAGGCCCCGGCCCCCGAUGCCUGCGCCCUGCGUGGCCACCCGCAACAGCUGCAAGCCACCAGCGCCCAUCUGCUGCGACCCGUGCGCCUCCUGCCAGUGCCGCUUCUUCCGCAGCACCUGCUCCUGCCGCGUGCUCAACCCCAACUGCUGA